AAGGCAAAAUAAAUAUUCGAGUUUAUUUGUUUUAUUUAUCUUAUGACACUACAGCGUUAGUUGACUUUCAUAAAAUUGUUAUUGGACCACUGCAGUAUUCAAAGAGAGUUUUGGUUUUGUUGCUAAGAGACGGCUGCCAAUCAUUAAAACACCAAAACAUGUCGUCCAGUUAUUCUGCUAACCAGUAUGAAAGUGCUUUCAAGUCUCAUAGACUCCUCAAUUGGACCGUACCAAAACAAUUCAAAGAGAGGCCAUCCGCAGCAGAGGGUCACACUACAUUUAUAGCCUCAGACCGAGGUCACCUGUUCCCUAAAGUAAAGCGUGGAAGCUCCUGGCCAUCAUUCCAGGGUACCUGGGACUUACCAAGCCGUAUCCAUCCAGUGAAAAUUAACCCUACAGCACGCUCACUGGAGGGUCAAGAACGCCUUAGGAUUUGGGGGCAGUCUCAGCACCUGGUCCGAUCAAAAACUGGCAAACUUUACAAAGCCCAAGGAAACAGCAGGGCAACCAGCAGAGCUCACCAUGCUGAGGACAACAAUGCAGAGCUACAGAUUCCUGUAAGCACUCCUGGUCUACAUGGAGCAGAGGCAGAACCAGAGAGGCCCUUGUCUCAUCUGAGCCAAGCUCAGUCUCGACCACUCUCUCAGCAGAAGCAGACUCAAUCUAGACCAGCCUCCCAGCAAAAGCAGACUGGAUCUAGACCAGCCUCUCAGCAGAAGCAGACUGAAUCUAGACCAGCUAUGCAGCAAAGACAGGCUGAAUCUAGACCAGCCUCCCAGCAAAACCAGGCUGAGUCUAGACCACUGACGCAAGCCAGCUAAAUUCAGGUACAGACUUACCAAUGAGCAAAGAGAUUAUCCAUGGGUCUAGAAUUAUAGUAUGUCUGUCUAUGGUUUAACAAUAUUAGAAAUUGAUUUUCAGACCUGUAUUUCAAGAAGUGUAAUACAUACUUAGUCUGGGCUGCAAUUUAUUUCUCUUGAUUUCACCAACAAUUAUACCAGUUCAAGUAUGAUUUACAAAAAUUCCAAAUGUCUACAGCAAACAACUCCUGUCAAUCUAGUAUUCACCUUGCAAGCACAAAAUAACAUCUUCUGAAAUAGCAUGGAUGAAAAUAAACAGCAAAAUCACUGAUUAUCCUUUCAACAUUGUUUUAUUUAUCUGCUGAAUGGAAUUGUUUUACAUAAAAUACUAGAAUGCCAGUAGUCUCUCGGGAUCAGAGUGUCCGCUGGUUUCACUAGUCAUCGGUAAAUUGUUUUUAGUGCUUGAAAGCAAAUGAGUAAUUUUGUAAUGCUACCAGUGGACAUAGUAACCCUUGGAAACCAGAGAUGUACAGAGUUCUUGUAAGUCAGUCACAAGCUCCUAACAUCAAUGCUCAAGGAAAAGCAAAGAUUUAAUCCAGCAAUCUGUUGAUAAGAGUACAAUCAAACAGUUAUUUCACACUAUUACUAAAGUGUUGUAAAGCUAGGGUGUGCCACACUGGUCCUGGACAUCUUCCAUCCUGAUAUUUAUAUCCAACCUUAGUCCAAUAGAACAGAUCGCAUCUGAAUAUUAAAACUGGGUGUAGUAGAUUGAAACGCUAAAAGGGGGUAGACAUCUAAGACAGUAGUUCUGUGCCCUAGUGUUAAAGCAGUUAUUUAAUCAGUUGUCACAUAGCUUCCUAUUCCAGGGAUAUUUGGUUAAGAGCCUAGUGUCUACAUGUGUUUAAUAUCAGUAAUUAGAGUCCUUUCUUAAUUAAAGAGGUGUUUGUGAAAGAGUUGUAGUUCCACAGGACCAGAGCAAAACCUUGCAGAAACGCAACUUUAACUGAAUAGGCCUACAUUAUACACACUUCUAGACCUCGAAUCAUCAGGAACCCGCAUUUAGAUGCUUCAAUGCAAAAAAUGGGUCAAUGAGGACUGACAUCUGAACCCAAACAUGAAGGUUAAUUUUUAAAAAAUUACCUACACAACAGUACAAGGAACAUGGAUUCAUACAUUGCAAUUAGAUAUGUAAUGUAACAAAAAUAAACAACCUCUAUAAACCACAAAACCAUUAUUACAGCUUUAAGUAACUGGUCUCAAGUCAAAAAAGGAAAUUAUCAAACUGUGAGAGUAGUCUUAGAUAUUCAGGUAGAUCAUCACCAUUACUAAAUUUCUCAUAUAAAACUAC